AUGUCGCGUCAAGAUUGGGACACUGAGUCCGGCGGAGGACGUCGAAGCUAUGGAGGAGGUGGCGGUUCGUAUUCGGAUCGAGGCGGACGUGGUGGCGGCGGGGGAUACCGAAACGAUAGCGGGUCGAAUCGAGAUGGAGACGGUGGACGCGGGGGAUACGGAGGCCGAGGAGGAUAUGGUGGCGGUCGAGGGGGCUACGAAGGUGGACGCAGCGGCUACAGUGGACGAGGUGGCGAAGGUGGCUUCAGAGGAGGUCGUGGACGAGGAGGCGGUGGAGCUCCGUGGGGCCGGUCAACGCAGAACCAACCUAAUGAGUUGGGAAUGAAGACACACGCCGUUGGAAAAGUGCUUGCAAACGAUCUGGCGAUCUCACUGGACAAGGCUCUAUCCGUCUACAAAUUCCAAGUUUGGGUGACCGCCACGGUUCAAACGAAAGAUGGAGGAACGAAGGAGUUCGAUGCCACGGCAACUUCCAAGAACACUGUUACACUCAACCGCAAAAGAGCUGCAUUGUCGAGUUUGAUGAGGACCCUCUUGAAGAAGGCUUUUGGCACGGACAUUUCGUAUCAAUGCGUUUACGAUUGCGGUGGAAGCAUCUACUCUAUUGAUGACACACUUAAUGGAAAAAGCCAUGUCUUUGAAGUGGUUGAUAUUCCCGAGAAACAUCGCUUGGCCUUUGCGAGGAAGAAUUUGCUGCGAGACGAAGAGGAGAACCAAGUGGAGAACUACAGAGAUGUCGCCGCUUUCUUGGAUGUUCUGACUUCCGCAGUGAUUCUUCGCAAUAACGACUUCCACUACAUCAAGGGUGCCUACUUUCACAAGUCUUCUCGCGAAAACAUGGAAACUGACAUCGGACAAGGAAUCGUGGUGCGCAAAGGAUUUGAGAAGAGCGUCAAGCUUGUGUCGGCCAAAUCAGGAAACCCACAAUACUCGCUGAACUUGGCGGUGAAGACAAAGCCUUUCUACAAGCCAGGAAACUUCCACGAGUUCUUGAUGAUGCGCUCCGGAGCCAGAAACGACCACGAUCUUGCACAGAUGCUCAAGAAGGAAAGCGCCAUAAGGGAUUUAGCAAAAAAUGUGAUUGUGACGACAACACAUCUCGACGCUAAUUUCGACUUUGGGGUUCAUCACGUGCACAAGGAGUCUGCAAAAGAAUGUAUCAUCCCCGGACUCGAUCAAAGCGUUGCCAUGUACUACCAAGAACGCUACAAGUUGACUUUGAGGGCUCCAAGUUUGCCACUUGCCACUGAGAACAAGAAAGGCCAGAGCUCGUACUAUCCACUCGAGGACCAACAGGCCAAAGUCGUCGAGAUGACCCGUCUCAAGCCAGAUGAGCACCAGAGAGAUAUGGAGCAACUUAUUCCACAAAUGGGCCUCGGACAGGGCAAUCUGUAUCUUCAACAAUUUGGUGUCACCGUUGAGCAGAGGCCCGUGGAAGUGGACGCAGUUCAAGUGAUCCGCCCCGCUUUGGUGUUUGGCUCGAAGACUUUUGGACCCGAUCAGGACCAGAGCCCCAAUGAGCUGAAUUGGAAUGGCACUUUCCGCGAGCGCUUCUACAAGCCAGCAAAGAUUGGAAAGACUGCCGUGGUCAUUUAUCGCCAAGCUGUUCGCCAUCCCGACCAACUCAAUGGUCCGCUUCAAAUGCUUGCUGAUGCAGCUCGCAAUCAUGGUCUAGAUGGCACUGAAAAUCUGACGAGGGGUGAAGUUUGCCAUUGGAAUUCGAUGAGCGACGACGAAGCAGCAAGGGCGAUGGGGGAGCUGAAGGCGCGCGGAUUCAAAUUCGUGAUCUUUGUUGGGGCCGUGAAGAACACCGACACGGAGGGACACAGUUGGGGGAUGAUCAAAUACGCGGAACAGAAGGCUGGCGUCGUCACUCAACAUCUCGCUUGUCCCACGCUUGGAAUCAACUCACGACCGAUGGGUUCGCAAUCAGUGCAGAACAUUCUGCUGAAAAUGAAUCAAAAGCUUGGCGGCAUCAACUACUCGAUCGCGAUCACGCCCAAUAUGCUUCAAAGCGCGCAUAAUUCUGCCGAGAUGAACACCGAGUUCUUCGGAAAGUCUGUGAUGUAUGUCGGAUUGAGCGUUUCGCAUGAUGGACCGCAAUCUAUCUUCGACCAACAAGCUGGCACUGAAAUGAAGACUCCAUCAACUGUUGGAAUGUGCUACAGCACUGAGACGCCAACGGCUUUCCGAGGAAAAUAUUGGUGGCAGCCGGCACGUCAAGUGUUGAUUAGCUCGUUGAAGGAGAAUUUCAUCUCGGCUUUGGAGAACUUCAAGAAAGAGGUCGGCGAGCACCCGAAGAAGAUCAUCAUUUUCCGCGGUGGACUCAGUGAAGGCGAGAUGUACAAGAAUGCCCAGGACGAAAUCGACGGUAAAGACGGAAUCAAGGCGGCAACCAAGGCACUUGGAAUUGACCCGCAGAUCUAUGUCGUUCUCACCAUCGUCCACAGCUCAAUGCGUCUUUUGCGCACUGAUGCAGCGCCUGGUGGACGACCAGUGGACUCGAACUUGCCUGCCGGUACAACCAUUACACAAGGAAUUGUCGAUGCUCGUCCUGGAGUCGUUGAUGCUUUCAUCGUUUCGCAGAAGGGUCAAAUUGGAACUUCUCGUCCAACUCGUCUUUUCUUGGCUUAUCAGACUGAGACGGCGCCUCUUUGGACCAGUGAUCACCUUUCGUGGAUCGGAAAUGCAAUGUCCUAUGCUCAUGGUGUCUCGAUGUGCCCAACUGGAAUACCUGCCCAUCUCUAUGCGGCAAUGAACCUUUCCAAGCGUGGAGGAGAUGUACUUCGCAGCGGUGGAGUUCCGGAUAACGUGUCGAUGACUAGCAGCGGAUCGAACCGUCAGGCCGAUGAGGAACAGUCGCGAGUGUACUACGACCGCUUGUGCAAAGAACUCGUCGUCGUCUUGGACAACGCUCAAUUCUGGGCC